UUUAUUUUUGUAUAUGUGUUUAUAUCAACGAGUAAAUUAUUUUAUUAUUGGAGCGUAUGUAGAGUUGCUCCGGCAGUGUGUGUGAAGUGAAAAACAAUGCGCGGUAGAAAAUUUACGGUUUUCCUAUUGUUUGUUUGCGGGGUGACGAUUUUGCAGUUUUCCACUUGCAUCUCGUUGCCGGCGAAAAUCGGCGGAGGCGGCAAAGCCGGAGCAAAAUUUGGCAAAGGCAGACUUUACAGCUCGAGAAUCCCCAUUAAAAUUCAACACAGAAACUCACAAUCGGUGUCCUACUAUGAAAAUAAAGAUGGAGCAAGAAUAGUGAAAUCCAGCCACUUUGAUUACGAAUACAUGCUGGGGAGAAAAAUUACAUUUUUCUGUAUGGCACAAGGAAUGCCCAGGCCAGAAAUCACAUGGUUUAAAGACGGAAUUGAAUUGUACCAUCACAAAUAUUUUCAGGUUCAUGAAUGGACAGAAGGCAACGACACGAUAAAAAGUAAAAUGGAAAUCGAUCCGGCAACUCAAAAAGAUGCAGGUUUUUACGAAUGUCAGGCCAAUAACAAAUACGCCAUCGAUUAUCGGGCUUUUAGGACCGAUUAUGCCAUGCUGACCUAUUGAAAUUAAUUAUCUCAUCCUAAAUUAUAAGAUUUUUCUUUUAAUAUAAAUCUUUUACAAACAUCAAAAUGAGCUUGCAUUUUAUUUUCAA